AUGGUUAAGUUCACGUACAAGGAUGCUUGCACUGUCGGGUCCGCGCUCAUUGUGAGUGCGACGACGUUCAUUAUGGGUGUCUUCUUCGCCAACCAGGCCUACGACUACCACUUGCUGUUCAAUGCGAACAUGACGCAGGAACACUAUGACAACGCCCUGCGCCACUACCAGACCCUUUACUUCACUGCCCAGCCAGUAUUGUAUAUCUUCGGUGCUAUUGCGAUCUUUGGGCUGCUUGGAUCCCUGAUUCGGAUCUACAAGCCCAACCCGGAACUGCAGCUGUUCGAGUACGGUUCGCUGGCCAUGUACGUUCUGGGAGUGUGUGUGUUCUUGACCAACAUCAAGACCGGCAUCAAUUCGGCGCACUACGGCAAUUGGGGCGAGGUGACGCAGAACCAGGGUCUGGCUGUCAUCGCGUCCUCGAAUAUCAUCUUGCUGGUUGUCUUUGUGGGUGUGCUUGUGCUGCAGGGUGGCCUGUGGUACUCGGAAUGGGAGUACGAGCAGCGCCUGGAAACCUUUAUGGCAGAACAGGAGGCUGAGAAUUCAGCUGCGCCUAAGGAACCGGCAAAAGGCGGCAAGAAAUCCGCCAAGUCCAAGAAGGAAUAA